AGGCCGAGGCCGAGGCGGCGGCCGCGAAGAAGAAGCGGGACGGCGCCAUCGCGGGCGGGGUCGUGGGCGGCGUCGCCUUCGCCGGCCUGCUCGGCGGGCUGCUCGGGGGCCUCCUGACCACGACCCAGGCGCCGAACGGCAGCCGCCCGGGAGCCAACGGGACCAGCCCGGGCGGCCCGACGCCUGCGGGGGGCACCACGGUCACGACCACCGCGGCCGCGACCACGCCCGCCCCGGAGGGCCCGGGCGCGGAGUCGGAGACCACGGUGCGGGCGCCUGGCGUGGUGGGCACGAUGAUGGAGGCGGCCUCCGUCGGGGCGACCUCCAUCCAGUUAGUCAAGCGACACAUCGCGAUGGGUACCCCGUUCCGCUGUUUUAUACUGCAGUACUCAGAGUUGUUCGAAGCGAAGUAG